AAUCCCAUUUUUCCUUAACCUUUCCAAUUAUAUAUAAACCUCAUCAAUCUCCAUCAACUUUCCUUCAGAACCCUUCUCUCUCUUUUCUUAUUUCUUCUUCUCUUAUUAAUCUUGCUUAUGGCUUCUCCAUGCAACAACAACAACUCUUCUGUCAAUGGCUUCUACAACUUCCUUACUCAAGGACUCAACAACCUUCACCAGAACAACAACAACUUCAUGUCUAUGCAGUUCAUGUCAAAGGUUCUUUCAUCUCUACAAUCUUUUCAUUCACAGUUAACCAUUCUUGUCCAGAGGCUUUGCUUGCCUGUUGGAGGAAAAUGGCUUGAUGAGUACAUGGAUGAAAGCUCUAGGCUUUGGGAUGUGUGUCAUGCCCUCAAAUCUGCCAUCUCUGGAAUGGAAAACUAUUACUCUUCUGCCUCCAAUAUAGCUUCCUCAAUGGAUAACUACCAUCACUUCACUCCUGAGCUUUCACAUCAGGUUAUUAGGGCAAUAAAGGUUUGUCAAAGGGAGAUUCUAGGAUUGGAAGAGGAGAACAAGAGCUUGAUGGAGACAAGGAUUCAACCAUUGUGUGAAUGUAUAAACAAGAGCAUCACAACUGAGUCAAAGUUGAAUGAGUUCAAUGGAUUCAGAGGUGUUCUUUAUGCAAUGAAGAGUGUUAGCUCAUUGCUCCUCAUGAUUCUCCUAUGUGGGGUUGCAUAUUGUUGCUCUUCUUCUUGCUUUGCAUUUCAACAAACAGGUUAUGAUCAUCAUCAUCAUCAUGAAGGCAACAACAACAACAACAACAACAUGGGUUUUGGAUCAAACUUCAUGGCUUCAAUGGGAAGGUUGCAGCACAAGGUUGCAGAAGAGAUUGAACAUGAGAUUAAUAAUAAUGGGCAGGCAGGGAUUUUGCUACAUGAAUUCACACAAGCAAAGGUUGCCAUGGAGGAAGUGAAAGUGGAGUUGGAGAGAGUAGUGGUGUAUGAAGAAGAAUAUGAAGAGGUUGUGAUUGAAGAGAAAGUUGAGAAUUUGAAGCAUUGUUUUGGGUUUUUGAGAUGUGGUCUUGAGACUAUAACAGGGCAACUUGAUGAUUUCUUUGAUGACAUUGUUCAAUCAAGGAAGAAGCUUUUGGAUAUUUGCACCCAUAACUAGAUUUUAAGAAUUUUUUGCAUUCUCAUUUUCUUCUAUAUAAAUUUGA